AAGAACGGGUCGCUCUCGUCGCCCGGCUUCCCGCAGCCCUACCCUCCCAGCAGCUACUGCCAGUACGACUUCCAAGGCCGCGGCAAGGAGCGGGUGCAGGUCGUCUUCAGCCACUUCAACCUGUACGCCUCCAGCGAGAAGAACCCUCACUGCGACAGCAUCGACUCGCUGUUGGCGUUCGUCGACAACGGCGGCCGCAAGGAGAAGAUCGACGCGUUCUGCGGCACGGCCCUGCCCAAGCCCAUCAUGUCGAACGGACCCAGGCUCAUGCUGGAGUUCCGAGGGAUCAACUCCUCGCCAUACUCCACGGGCUUCAAGGCCACCUACAGCUUCACGGAGAAUUUCGGCAUAACUUCCGGCCUGCACCUGAAGGACUACCCGUGCGCCUUCGCGUUCAGCAGCAACGACUCGCUGAGCGGCUCGUUCCACAGCCCCAACUACCCGGGUUACUACCCGCGAGACACCGAGUGCCACUUCUUCUUCCACGGCAACAACAACCAGAAGGUGCGGCUACGGUUCAACCACUUCGACGUCGAAGGAGUCACCCCGUGCGAGCCCAGCUCGGCCAGCGACUACGUGGAGUUCUCCAACUUCAUGACGCGCGACCGCAAGUACCACAAGCACUGCGGCCAGCAGCCGGCCUUCAGCAUCGAGUCGGACCGCAAGUUCUUC